CUUUGAAGUUAUGAAGCAUUUUCAAAUGACUGACGUGUAAAACUCAAAGCUAUAAUGGGCCAAUCACAAGAAACAAAAAUGACGUAAUGAGCAAGUCAUGCAGAACAUGCAACCGGUGCCAAGCGCGGGAAACCAUGCGGCCUCCGCGCUUGGGAGUGGUUAGAUGCAUGGUUUUCGGCGCCUAGUCCUGGGAGUCCUGCUACGGUAUGGUUUGCUCCUGAAGCAUGCCUGGGGUGAUGAUCACUCUGUGAAUAUCUUUAUUUCAAGGCAUUUAUAGCAUUCAUAAUUUGGAACAAGAACGCUAACAAGAAACCAGUCUCUUAGGCUCUUGCUGCAUUUAAAAUAUAGAAAAAAAUGUCCGCCAAAAACUGGGACUCGAUUUCUUCUUGCGAAACGAAAGUAUUUUUAAGCCUGGUUUUCAAAGCUCCACGGAAGAAAAAGCGUUGAUAUUGAUUCUAUACUUCCCUCUUUCUACUCAUGCAGGGCUGCUUGACUUUAUUUACGUUAUUGUAUUGUUACAGGCUACCAGUAAACGAGUCCGCCGUGACAACCCCAGCAACUCAAGCCUCAACACAUGCACUUUACAUAUUGCUGCUGAUUACACAUUUUUCAAGCACGUGGGCUCAGGUUCUGAGAGCGCCACUGUAGCAGAGAUGGCGUAUCACGUGGCAAUGACAGACAAAGCAUUUAGGGCAACAGACUUCAACCAAGAUGGAGGGCCUGGAGAUGAUAUCGGAUUUGUCAUAGCAGCGGUUACUGUGUUUAAGGAUGCGGAAUCAGAAGGCUCCUUAGAAAGUCCACAAAACAUCGGUAGCUUGGAUUAUUUGAUUAAAUGGAGUGAGCUAGAUCACAGCGCCUACUGCUUAUCUCUGCUGUUUACCUACCGAGAUUUCUCUGGUGGAGUUUUGGGAAUAGCCUGGGUAGCGCAGCCCGAACCUAGAGUACUUGGAGGAAUAUGUUCCCCGAGAGUCUUCCUGCAAGAGAGAGGCCAACUAAUGAGCUUCAACACUGCACUGGCGACUUUUCUGAAUUUUGGCCGCAGGGUACCCAGAAAAGUUUCAACGAUAACAGUUAUGCACGAGUUUGGUCACAACUUUGGGUCCGGGCAUGACCCAGACACAUGUAAAUGUUCACCAGGCGGAAGUGAUGGCAACUUUGUCAUGUAUUCACGAGCAAGCGACGGACAUGAACCCAACAACUUCCUGUUUUCUCCAUGUAGCAAACAGGAAAUAUCGCCCGUAAUCUCUUCGAAAGGACAGGAGUGUUUCAUUGCUCAUAGCAGUGGCUCGUACUGCGGAAACAAGAUCGUGGAGGAGGGUGAGGACUGUGAUUGUGGAAGGCCAGAGGAAUGCCUGGAGGUAGACAAGUGCUGUGUGGCGAGAGAUGAUGCCUUGAACAUACCCGGAUGUACGGUCAAGCAAGGAGAGCAAUGCAGUUCUGUUGCCGGGGAGUGUUGCACUGAACAAUGUACCCCAAAAUCCAAAGCUCGUGUGUGCCGAGCAGAAACAGAGUGCAGCCUGGAAACUACUUGUGAUGGUAUGAGUGGACGUUGUCCUGAAGCGGAGUCCAAGCCAAGCAAUGUGACAUGCAAUGGAGGAUCAAACACAUGUCUCCAUGGCAGCUGUACUGGUUCAAUAUGUGCACUAUAUGAGACCACUGAGUGUGAAUGCUACCAGAACAAAGACGAAAUGUGUCAUGUUUGUUGCAACAACAGUCAGGGCGAGUGCGUAUCAGCUCAGGAGUUCCUGGGUCGAGUCGUUCUCAAGCCUUCCGGGAGCACUUGCAAGUCUCACCAGGGUUACUGUGACUCAUAUGGUGUAUGUGUCAUUGUGGACAAUGAAAGUGAACUUAACAAACUCAGGGACACUUUCAGGGGAUUCUUCGCUAAGACGGCCAUGAGUGACAUAACAAACUGGAUAAAGAGACACUGAAUCAGCAGCAUGUAC